AUGUUUCUAUCUAUCUAUCUAUCUAUCUAUCUAUCUAUCUAUCUAUCUAUCUAUCUAUCUAAUACUAAAAUUCUACUUGAAAGAGGAGAGAAGGUUGAUGAUGAGGAAAGACUGCUUCUACAAGGAUACACAGGUGAAGCACAGGAUAGCAUCUCCACUUUACCCCGCAAGUUAGCUGUUCAGAUUUUCAGUUAUUUGGAUGUCAUUGACUUGGCUCACUGUUCCCGUGUCUGUCGUUCUUGGAAAAUUCUGACUCAAGUGAGUUCUCUCUGGAACAGUCUUAAUCUCCAUCAAAUAAAGAACAGAUUGACUGACUCGACUGCUCGAAAAUUGCUGAACCAUUGUCGGCCAUAUUUGAUCCAUUUGAACCUGCGUGGGUGUACGUGUCUCGGGGAAGCAUCAUUUCUAGCAAUAAGUGCUUGUAGUAACUUACAAGAUCUUAAUUUGUCAGAGUGCACAUCUCUCACUGACAGUGCUCUACUUUUAAUUGCCCAGGGUUGCCAUAUUUUACUUUAUUUGAACAUAUCACAUACUUCAAUCACAGAUUCAGGAAUGAGAACAAUUGCCAGGUAUUUUGGUAAUCUUCAGUUUCUCAGUUUGGCUUUCUGCUACAAAUUCACAGACAAAGGAAUGAUGUAUUUGGCAGAGAGCAAAUGUUGCAAGAACCUUGAACAUUUAGAUCUUUCUGGAUGCCUUCAGUUAACUCCCCUGGGAUUCAAGCAACUCUCUGGCAAUUGUGACCAAUUGAAAACAUUCAUUGUUGAUGAUUUUCCAACAUUAACAGAUGGAUACAUUCAGGAUAUUCUACAGCACGAUGAAAAGCUAACAUAUAUUUCUUUUCUUGGGUCUCCUUUGCUAACAGACUUAGCCUUCAAGAGAUUUCCACAGUCCAAAUAUUUAAAUACAGUCAAAAUUGAAGGUAAUCAACGUAUCUCGGAUGCAACAAUUAAGCAGUUAUCACGGUUGUGUACCUCUUUGACUCACAUCUACUUGGGAGAUUGUCAGAGACUCACAGAUAAUUGCCUGAAAUAUCUGGCAACUUGUAAGCAUCUGACCGUUCUUAAUAUGGCCGAAUGUAUACGAAUUACAGAUUCUGGAAUCCGAAGUUUGGGAGAAGGGGUAUGUACAGCCAAACUUCGAGAGCUGAAUUUGUCAAAUUGUAUACGACUGGGAGACAUGUCUGUUGUUAGCAUCUGCAAGAAACUUCAGAACUUAGCCUACCUAAACUUGAGCUUCUGUGAAAACAUCAAUGAAUCUGUAUUGGAACUGUUGGGCCAAGCUCCAAGUUUGAUCUCUUUGGACAUCUCUGGAUGUAGCUGUGGUGAUCAGGGUCUCUCUGCAAUUGGUAAUGCUGUUCACCUGAAAGACCUUACAGCUUCUGAGUGCAAUGGGGUCACAGAUCUUGGACUUCAGAAAUUUGCUAAGCAGUGUGAGGGAAUUGAGCGAGUGGACCUUUCCCAUUGUGUGCAAAUUACAGAUGCAGCCAUAAAGAAUCUGGCUUUCUGUUGCCGUUUGCUUAGCUGUAUCAAGUUGUCUGGCUGUAAACAUUUAACUGACCUGAGUCUUCAGUAUCUGUCUGGUGUGUGCCAUUAUAUCAUAUCUUUGGAUAUCAGUGGAUGUACUUUGAUCACGGACAAAGGAAUCAGAUUUUUACGGAAAGGAUGCCAUUGGCUGCGGAUUCUGAACAUUCUUUACUGCAAAGGAAUUUCAAAGUCAGCAGCCCAGAAGAUGAUGAAAAGCAUUGAAAUUGUUCACUACAGCACAGAGGAUACACCUGCUUCCUUUAAGUAUUGA